AUGAGCGCCCAGAGAACACACUCUCGGGUCAAUCAGGAUGAACAGGUACACGAUGGACUUGCUAGCCUUCAUGGCCCAUGUGAAGGUGUCCCCAGCAACGACUCUCCGUAUGCUCUGUCUUCGCUCGACCACAAUCCUCUCGGAAUAAACGUCACCUUUUUGCUGUUCUUCCAUGCCGCACAGCCCGAGGAAGGUAUUCGGGUCCUGGAGGAUGGCAUCAAACAGCUGCUGAAAGCUCACCCCUUCCUCGCAGGAGACGUGACUCGCCAGACAAAAUUUAGCCAGAGGAAGAAUACCUGGCAGAUCGAACCAGACGCUCCAGAGUCGCUUCUCAAGAUCCCUAUGCUCCAGACACGAUAUUGCCUGGCCAACUCGAUCAAGGAACUCGAGUCAAAACGCCUCCUAACGGGCGCCGAGGAACAGGAGAUCAUGCGUCAGCUCGCCCCGUUGCCUAUCGACAUGGAUCUUUCGCUGCCACAAAGGCCGGUUCUGCGCUUCCAAGCCAAUAUCAUGCGCGAUGGGGUCAUUCUCGCCAUGACAUUCCACCACGCUGCAAUGGAUGGCGCGGGUGCUGCACGAGUCCUGGGCCUGCUAGCCGAUUACUGCAGGGAUCCGGCCGCGUCUUCGGCGGGUGUGAUACCAGACCGGCAGUUACGAUCGCAGAUUGACUGUCUUGCGGCAGGAUGUAGUUCCGGCGCCUCGAGGGCGGAUUUCAGCCAGCACUAUUGCGGCCUCGGAGAUUGGGCGGCACUCCUCGCGGAGAAUUGGUCAGGCUUCCUGCAGGCGAGAGCUACCGAACUUGUAACCUGGCGACUGACGAUUCCCGGUUUCAAGGUCCAGUAUUUAAAAGGAGCUUGCAAUGCGCUGCUACAGGGGCAAACGUCUGCGCUGGCUGGGAGGCCGACUCCGAGGAUCCUAUCCAAUAACGACACUGUGAGCGCCCUGAUAGCCAUGAUACUUCGGCAAGCGGGACAAUUGGCUGGUCAAUCUACUGAACUGUCGAUUGCAGUGGACAUGCGCGCCAAUUUCCAAUCACCGGCCUUCAAUAACUAUCUGGGAAACAUGGUGCUACUGACAUACACGCCGAUCCCCGCUAGGAAGGACCCGGCCCCAGUCGAUGGACCAUUUCCCCCAACAGAAUUGCCCCAGGAGUAUCUGGAAGAGCACACCCGGAUUGCAGCCCGUAUACGACAAAGCCUUCUCGAUGUUGACGCAGAGUACAUACAAGGCGUUCUUUCCCACCUCCACUCGCAGACCGACUGGGCGAAAAUUGGAUUCCGGGGUGUCCCGAUCCCCUUGAGCAGCUUUAGGAAUUUUGAAAUCUUUGGUCUGGACUUUGGAGAGAGCCUGGGAUCGCAGCCUCGAGGGUUCCAACUACAUUUACCCGUCCUGGGGGGGAUGUGUUUUAUCCUUCCAAAGCGUCAAGAUAGCACGGAGCCGUGGGACUUGCACCUGACUCUCAACCGUGACGAUGUAUCUAACGUAGCAAAUGAUCCUUUGUUUCGCUGGGCUGCUGGGGAGCACCUAUGA